UUUGACACAAUAAGAUGAAAUUACCGCCAAUAAUAACGGACCUAACGGUAGGUUUGAAGGCAAAUCAGUGUCCUUCCCUCCACUGGCUUACAAACCGCCACGUUACAAAUUCAAACUCUCUGCCACGUGUCAGCAACACAACAGCCUAAAACUCUCUCUCUCUCUCAUUCCCUCGAUCUCACAACAUUGCAUGGCUGUUCUUCACUCCUCACUCGCUCCCUACUGUCUGAAAAAGCUCGUCAUCCUCCCAUUCCCAUAUCCAAAACCCACAAUUUCAACCAAAAGACUCAAUCUUUUCCAAGCAAUGAGUUCCAGCUCCAAAUCCCAACCCUCUGCCCCGGUCUACAAGGUUCCGGGUUUAGACCCGGAGGAAAUGGACCGGGUUGCGGACCAAACCUUUCAGAGGUACUCGUCCUCCUCUGUCAAGAGAAACGGCAAAGGUGUGGCUGUCGUUUGGUUCAGAAACGACCUCAGAGUGCUGGACAAUGAGGCUCUUUACAAGGCUUGGAUUUCGUCCCAGCAGGUUUUGGCUGUGUAUUGCGUUGAUCCCAGGCUUUUUGGCUCUACCCAUUACUUUGGUUUUCCCAAAACUGGAGCGUUGAGAGCGCAAUUUCUCAUUGAGUGCUUGGCUGACUUGAAGAAAAAUUUAAUGAAGCGGGGUCUUAACCUGCUCAUUCAACAUGGGAAGCCUGAGGAGAUUCUCCCUUCUCUUGCAAAGGUUUUCGGAGCCCACACAGUAUAUGCCCAAAAAGAAACUUGCAGUGAGGAGCUAAAUGUCGAAAGAUUGGUCAGAAAAGGUCUGCAACGAGUGGUUUUACCAUCGUCUUCAGCGCAAUCCUCUGGGCCUAGUUCUACAAACAAUCCUAAGCUACAACUUUUAUGGGGUACCACUAUGUACCACAUAGAUGACCUCCCAUUCGACACCCUCAGCUUACCGGAUGUGUAUACGCAGUUUCGUAAGUCAAUUGAAGCGAAAUGCGCAGUUCGUGGCUGCAUCAAACUUCCAGCAUCUCUUGGGCCACCACCCAGCAUUGGGGACUGGGGAUGUGUUCCUUCAUUAGAUCAGUUUGGACUUCAAUCUCCAAAUGUAAGUAAAGGAAUGAAGUUUGUGGGGGGUGAAAGUGCAGCCUUGGGCAGAGUAAACGAGUAUUUCUGGAAGAAGGAUUUGUUAAGGAUAUAUAAACACACCAGAAAUGGGAUGUUAGGACCUGAUUAUUCGACAAAAUUUUCUCCAUGGCUUGCUUCAGGAAGCCUUUCUCCUCGUUUCAUUGAUGAAGAGGUAAAGAGGUAUGAAAAAGUAAGGCAAGCAAAUGAUUCAACAUACUGGGUAUUGUUCGAAUUGAUAUGGAGGGAUUACUUCAGGUUUCUAUCAGCAAAAUAUGGGAAUUCCCUUUUCCAUUUAGGUGGCCCAAGAAAUGUGGAGCAUAGAUGGAGCCAAGACAAGAUUUUAUUUGAAUCCUGGAGAGAUGGUCGUACAGGGUACCCUCUAAUAGACGCCAACAUGAAAGAGCUAUCAACCACGGGAUUCAUGUCGAAUCGGGGAAGGCAGAUUGUAUGUUCCUUUCUAGUUCGUGAUAUGGGUAUUGACUGGCGAAUGGGAGCUGAAUGGUUUGAGACAUGCCUUUUGGAUUAUGACCCUUGUUCCAAUUACGGGAAUUGGACCUAUGGAGCAGGAGUUGGAAAUGACCCCAGAGAAGAUCGUUACUUCAGUAUUCCGAAACAAGCGCGGACAUAUGACCCCGAAGGUGAGUAUGUCACGUAUUGGCUGCCUCAACUAGAAUCACUUACAAAAGAAGAAAGAAACUUUCCUGGAAGGGCAUAUAUGAAGCAGGUUGUGCCUCUCAAGUUUGGAAAUACCAGUAGGCACCAAAACCAGGACAAGGCCUUGGCUGCCAGAGGCACCAAUUUUGGAGGAAGACAAACAAAAGGGCAGAGGAGAUAAAUCUGGGUUGAAACUUGAAAGGAUUUUACUAUACAUCUUUAUCCUUCUCAAAGUAUGUACUGAAAAUGAGAUGCAUAUAUUUUGUUACUAUUAAACCUUCAAAUGUGUAUGCCCCCACUUUUCAUUUGCUACCUUUGUUUAACUUGAUUUCAUUCGGACCUAAUUCGAAACUUUCAUUGACCUAAUUAGGAAUUUAAA